GAAACAUCGCUUCGCUCAUGUUAGCGGCUAAUUUAGCGUAUUAGCUCGUAGCUGCUUAGCUGGAAACCCCACAUCUGAGGAUCUACGAAGCCAUGGCGCAGAGAAAGAAUCCCAAAAGCCACUCCAGGAAAGCCAAACGCAGCAUCAGGAAUGACUGGGCCUCCAGAUGUGGACCUCCAGAACCGAGUUUCUGCGGUAGAACCGGACCCUUCCUGUCCCUUUAAUGGCAGUGUGACCGCCAACAAACAAGCAUCAAGGUUAUCUGUUGGACUGUUCUGUCCUCUCUGGCAUCUGAUGCAGACUCAGGGUUUGUCGGCUCUAAGAAUAGAGUGGAUCGGGUUCUGGAGGCCGACACAAUCAGGGAGGAAGAGGAGGAGGAAGAGGAGGAACUGCUGGCUUCUGCUGCUCGGCUCCGUCACAUUCAGAACACCUCCUGCAGGACUUUUUAAUCUGUUUGGAUGAUCCAUAAUCAGCAGUAGUUGUUUGUUAUUUAUUACUUGUCGUGUUCAAGCUGCGGUUUACCUGAAGGAAUCUUCUGGAGAAGCUUUAAAUAUUUUUACUUUGACAUAUUUUCAGUUUCUGCUUCUUGAAACUUGCCUUGCUUUGUUUUUUCUUCAUCUUUAAACCAACAUUUCUGCGUCUUAUUGAUGGUUUUUGCUGGUUUCUGGGCUCAGCUGUGACGCUCCAUGCAGCGCUACAGCCGCUACGGCGCCUCCUACUCCUCGUCCUCCUCCUCUGCAGCUCCUGUAGAGGAGAUCCAUGCCGAGGAGGAGGAGGUUGUGGAGGAGGUGGUGUAUAGUGAAGAAGAGGAGGAGACGCUGAUAGAGCAGCAGGAGAAGACAGGAGGAGUUGAGGAGGAGGAGGACGUCUCCCGGCUGCAGGAGGAGGUGCAGUCGGUGGUCCAGGAGGCAGAGGGGAGGACUACGCCGGUGGAAAGUAAGAAUGGGAAGAGGACAGAAGGAGGUGGAGGAGACGCAGGAGGAGGUCCAAAGUUCUCCAUGUUCACCUGGUUUGUGGUUCUGGCUCUGCUGGGAGUCUGGAGCUCGGUGGCCGUGGUCUACUUCGACAUCGUGGACUACGACAGCGUCAUCGCCAGAGCUAAGGAGUUUCGUAUGAACUUUUCUGAAGUUUUACAAGGUAAACUGACGGCCUACGACACCGAUGGAGACGGAGACUUUGACGUGGAGGAUGCUAAAGUUCUGCUCGAUGACAAGAAGUUUAAAGAUCGUGUUCUCAGGAGAGACAGGCUGAGAAAAGAGGACAGAACAGAGGUGAAGAAGAGGGCUAAAAACAAAGAAGGGGCUGCAGGAGAAGCUGCUGAUAGAAAGAACACGACGCGAGCCUCGGAGCGUCCCGUCCGAGGCGCCAAACUCAGAUCGGCUCUCAGGGUUGAGCUGAGGACGAUCCAUGAGAAGAUGGAGGCCAAGAGGAUCGCUCGCAUUGCGCUGGCCGAGAUCAGGGCCUUCCUCACCGAGGAGGAGGAGGAGGAGAGGGAGGCGGUCUGGACGAUGAAGAUGAAAACGCUGGAGGCCGCCAAGGAGAAGCUGAGGGAGGAGAGGAGGAAGGAGGCAGAGAGGAUGGAAAGGGAGCAAAGAGAGAAGGAAAGGAUGGAAAAGGAGCAAAAGGAGAAGGAAAGGAUGGAAAAGGAGCAAAGGGAGAAGGAAGGAAUGGAAAAGGAGCAAAGGGAGAAGGAAAGGAUGGAAAAGGAGCAAAGAGAGAAGCAAAGGAUGGAAAAGGAGCAAAGAGAGAAGGAAAGGAAGGAAAAGGAGCAAAGGGAGAAGGAAAGGAAGGAAAAGGAGCAAAGAGAGAAGGAAAGGAUGGAAAAGGAGCAAAGGGAGAAGGAGAGGAUGGAAAAGGAGAGGGCGGAGAAAGAGAGGAUGGAAAAGCAGCAAAGGGAGAAGGAGAAGGCAGAGGAAGAAAGGAUAGAAAAGGAGAAGGCGGAGAAAGAGAGGAUGGAAAAGGAACAAAGGGAGAAGGAGAGGAUGGAAAAGGAGCAAAGGGAGGAGGAGAGGAUGGAAAAGGAGAAGGCGGAGAAAGAGAGAUUGGCUCGAGAGAAAGCAGAAAAGGAAAGACAAGAGAUGGAGAGGCUGGCUAAAGAAAAGGCUGCCAGGGAGGAAAGAGAACGACUGGAAAGACAACGGGUGGAGAAGGAAAGGAUGGAGAGAAUCGCAAAAGAAAAGGAGCGAAUAGAACGAGAGAAGGCGGAGAAAGAAAGAUUGGAGAGGGAGAGAGCUGAGAAAGAAAGAUUGGAGAGGGAGAGAAUCACCAGAGAGAAGGAACGUCAAGAAAAAGAACGAAUCGCUAAAGAACGAGCAGAGAAAGAAAGACUGGAGAGAGAAACACUCGCCAAAUUAAAGGCUGAGAAAGAAAGACUGGAAAGGGAAAGAGUGGAGAGAGAAAGGAUGGCUAGAGAGAAAGCAGAGAAAGAAAGACUUGAGAAGGAACGCAUCGCUAAAGAAAAGGAAAGACUUGAGAAGGAAAGGAUCGCUAAAGAAAGAGCAGAGAAAGAAAGAUUGGAAAGGGAAAGAAUGGAGAGAGAAAGGAUCACCAAAAUAAAAGCAGAGAAAGAAAAAUUGGAAAGGGAAAGACUGGAGAGAGAAAGGGUCACCAAAAUAAAAGCAGAAAAAGAAAGAUUGGAAAGGGAAAGACUGGAGAGAGAAAGGAUGGCUCGAGAGAAAGCAGAGAAAGAAAGAUUAGAAAGGGAAAGACUUGAGAAGGAAAGGAUCACCAAAGAAAGAGCAGAGAAAGAAAGGCAUGAGAGGGAACACAUCGCCAAAGAAAGAGAAAGAAUCGCAAAGGAGAAGAUGGAGAAUGAAAAGAUGGAGAGAGCAGCAAAGGAGACAGAAGAGAGGGAAAGAGCAAGAGUCGCCCAGGAGAGAUUGGAGAAAGAGAGAGCCGAGAGAGAAAUGGUGGCCAGAAGGGAGAGGAUGGAAAAGGAACAAACGGCAAAGGAAAGAGAGAGGAUGGAAAAGGAGCAAACAGCAAAAGAAAGAGAGAGGAUGGAAAAGGAGCAAACGGCAAAGGAAAGAGAGAGGGUGGAAAAGGAGCAAACAGUGAAGGAGAGGCUGGAGAAGGCGUCCAGAGAGAAGGAGGUCAGGCAGCGGCUGCUCCAACAAAAUGCCGCCAAACCCAAUGUCUCGCAGCUGAAAACUCCGACGGCGGCAAACAUGGCGGCAAUCAGGAGAGAGAGGAGCGUCGGAGAGAAGAAGAAAUGACGUCAUGAUGCGAAGCGAUGACCUCACAAACGGUGCUAGGACUCUGAUUGGUCGCUUAGAGAAAGAGUAGUUUUAAAGAACGUUGAACUUGAAGCAGUUCAUGAGUGUUUUUUGUUCCAUAAAAAUGAAAAAAUGGGAAUUUGUUCAAUUUUUUUGGGGGUGUUGUCAACUAAAAAAUGGAGGCUUCCCAUACGUUUUUACAUCUUUAAUUAGUUUCCUUAGCGCCUCCCCUCUGCUCUGUAUAAACACUGCCUGCAGUUCAGCCAGAAAGUCUGUAAAUUCACCACUGGGUCACAAAAAGCUUCUUAGUUGAACUGAGAAGUGCAACAUUUUUUUUGUAAUUUUUAUUUUACAGAAUCUUGUUAAUGCAAAUGGCACAUUUAUAUAAGCUAGACGUUUAGAAUAAAAUGAUUUUCAUGAAAUACCAUGAUGGAAACAACUCGACAGCAGUUUCCCUAAUUUCGCUCAAGUUUUUAGAUGAUUCAUUAAAAUAGCAGCUGCUAUUGAUUUGCAUGACUUUGUUUUACAGUUGUUUUUUUUUUGCGGAUAACCAAAAUUAGUAGCAGUUAGCAGUAGCACAUGAAUUUAUUAUUAAUCAUAAAGGAUGAAAAAGUCUAUAAUUUGUGAUCUUUGACUGGUCUUAGAAUAGAUAAAUAAUCAGUAAAAUUCCAUCUAAACAUGAA